AUGGAGAAACUAGAAGGGUUUCUAGAGGAAACGGAGGUGAACGAUAUUGUAUCUGUGUCUCUGAGCCGAUUUGUGACCCUCCUGCACAAACCUAACGGCCACUUCGAAGGCCUGGAAAUUCAUGCAAGUGAUAAAGAGGCAACAGCCAACAAGGCUGUUCCCAACAGCGCAGUCACGGUCCGACUGCCAAGAGAGUUGGAUGUUGGAUCAAACGACACCAUUGUGUUCUGCAUGUUCACCUGGCCUGAAGCAAACGUGGAAGUAGAGAAGGUGUGCCACAAGACCGAGCUGAAAGCCGAAGGGGUGUUAUAUGAGAGCAGACUGGUUGGGCUAAGUGUGCGGGGCAAGAAGGUCUCAGGACUGCUGGAUCCUGUCACCAUCACAAUGGAUCUUUCUGCAAAUGAGACCGAAAGGCCCAGAUGUGUGUUCCUCAACUUUUCCACCAAGACCUUAAGCAGCGACGGCUGCCUGACCCAGUGGGCGGCUGGUUCGGGUAACGUCACCUGCUGCUGCGAUCAUCUCACUUACUUUGGUGUGCUAAUGGUGUCUUCUAACCUCACCCAUCAGGACCAGGAGAAUCUGACCUACAUCACUAUGAUUGGCUGUAGCCUGUCUCUUGUUGCACUGGUCAUCACCGUCGUGCUCUUUGUUACAAACAGAAAAGUCCGAGCAGAUGUCACCAUGAAGGUCCACAUCAACCUGGUCAUCGCCCUGAUCCUCCUCAACCUUCACUUCCUCCCGAGCCAGUGGGUGGCAUCAUUGUCCUCCACUGGGCUUUGCCUCUACAUGGCCCUCUCUCUUCACUACUCCCUGCUGGCUACCUUCAGCUGGAUGGCUCUGGAGGGGUUCCACCUCUACCUUCUCCUCGUCCGAGUCUUCAACAUCUACAUCAGCAGAUACCUGCUUAAACUCAGCUUGGUGGGAUGGGGGGUCCCUGCGGUCAUCGUGUCCCUCGUGGUCGGCAGCGACAGAGGCGCGUAUGGAAGCGUCGCUCAGGACAGCAGCUCUACAAUAUGCUACAUAGUCAACCCCACGGUGAAGAUGGGCACUUCUUUAGGAGUGUUCGGCCUGGUGUUUGUCUUCAACGUGAUCAUGUUGGGGGUGGCAGCGAGACGCGUCGUGGGCCUCCGCCAGAGCAGAGAGUUUGGGCAAAGCGAUCGCCACAGAGCCAAGCGAGCCGCGUUCACCCUGCUGGGAGUCACCACUCUGCUGGGCGUCACCUGGGGCCUGAUCUUCUUCUCGUUUGGCUACCUGACCACUCCGGGCCUCUACCUCUUCUGCAUCCUGAACCCGCUGCAAGGGUUCUUCAUCUUCCUGUGGUUCGUGCUGUCUCUGAGAAAGAGAGGCAACCCAACCACCGCCACGAGCAGUGGAACACGCACCACCAACAGCUGA